AUGUCGGCUCCGCUCGGGCCUCGGGGCCCGCGUCAGCCCGGCCCUGUCCCUCCUCACCCUCCUGCCGCCGACAUGUCCGACAUGCCGGACCUCAGCCACCUCACCGAGGAGGAGAGGAAGAUCAUCCUGGCCGUAAUGGACAGGCAACGCCAGGAGGAAGAGAAGGAACAGUCCAUGCUCAGGGUCAAAGAAGAACAAAAACCUCAACAGCCACAGUGGUUUCCCUUUAGUGGGAUCACUGAACUGGUAAAUAACGUUCUUCAGCCACAACAAAAACAUCAAAAUGAGAAGGAACCCCAGGCGAAAUUGCACCAGCAGUUUGAGAUGUAUAAGGAUCAGGUAAAGAAGAUGGGUGAUGAAGCACAGCAACAACAGGAGCAGAAGAGUGAUGCACCUACCUGUGGAAUCUGUCACAAAACCAAGUUUGCUGAUGGUUGUGGUCACAUCUGUUCAUAUUGCCAAACAAAAUUCUGUGCUCGUUGUGGAGGACGGGUAUCACUGCGAUCGAAUAAGGAGGACAAAGUGGUGAUGUGGGUAUGUAACUUGUGCCGAAAACAACAGGAAAUCCUCACUAAAUCAGGGGCCUGGUUUUACAGCAGUGGCCCGAACACACCGCAGGAGGCUGACCCAACUGAGGCCACGGUGGGGGUGCCCCAUAGAAACGAAGAAGCGCCACAGGAAAAGAAAGCAAAACUACAGGAGCAUUCCCAAUUCCAAGGUCCUUUACCCUCAGGGGACAUUUCUACACCAGCGUCAGACAAAAACAGACCUCAAGGGCUCACGCGACAAGAUUCAAUCAAAAAUGGUUCAGGGACCCAACACCCAAUACCAUCCCCGGUGAGUGCUGACAGAAAAAGGAGCCCAUCAACAUCCAGGGAACACAAUCGAAAAUACGACCAGAGGGACGAGAGAGCAGAUCCGUCACAGUAUGCACUUUUGGAAAGUGCAAUGCAAAGAUCACCUACAGAAUAUGCAGAUCGUGACAAACGAUCCCUGCGUGGGUCACGGAUCUAUGAUGACUCUGAACAUAUUGAGUACAGAGAAAGUAGGGACUCCAGUCGUAGAAGUCGAAGAAGGUCUCAAGAGUUCAAAGAUUUUGUAGAUGAGGAUAUUGAUGUACAAACCAGGGAUGAAUAUGAAAGACAGAGGCGAGAGGAGGAGUACCAAACGCGUUAUCGUAGUGAUCCAAAUUUGGCUCGUUACCCUGUCAAACCUCAACCAUACGAGGAGCAAAUGCGGAUGCAUGCUGAAGUAUCAAGGGCUCGUCAUGAACGAAGACACAGUGAUGUGUCUUUGGCUUAUACAGAGGUGGAUGAUGCACAAGUUUCAAUGCAUAGAAUGGAAAGGCAGUCAAGACAACGCUCUGCAUGUGACCGUAGAAUCCCUGUACAAAGUCAACGUUCGUAUUCUAUGGAAAGAACACAAGACAUGCAAGGGCCUAGUUCUAGUUGGCAAAGGACCCCAAAUCACAGUCCACCGACACCUAGGCGAAGCCCAAUCCCCUUUGAUAGGAGUGAUAUGCGUCGAUCAGAUUCAUUGCGGCAACAACAUCACUUGGAUCCAAGUUCUGCUGUUAAGAAAACAAAACGGGAGAAGAUGGAAACCAUGCUACGAAAUGACUCACUCAGCUCAGACCAAUCUGAAUCGGUAAGGCCACCACCACCCAAGCCACAUAAAACAAAGAAAGGAGGUAAAACACGCCAAGUCUCAUUGAGUAGCUCAGAGGAAGAGCUUGCUUCUACUCCAGAAUAUACCAGCUGUGAUGAUGUAGAGAUUGAGAGUGAAAGUGUCAGUGAAAAAGGGAACAGUCAAAGGGGAAAAAGAAAAACUAGUGAGCAGGCAGUAUUGUCGGACUCUAACACCUUGUCUGAGAGGCAAAAGAAAAUGGUGCGAUUUGGCGGCCACUCAUUGGAAGAGGACUUGGAAUGGUCUGAGCCUCAGAUUAAAGACUCUGGGGUAGAUACGUGCAGUAGCACAACACUAAACGAGGAACAUAGCCAUAGCGAGAAGCAUCCAGUGACAUGGCAACCAUCCAAAGAUGGAGAGCGACUAAUUGGUCGGAUAUUGUUAAAUAAACGACUAAAAGAUGGUAGUGUGCCUAGAGAUUCUGGAGCGCUGCUGGGUCUGAAGGUUGUGGGUGGAAAGAUGACUGAGUUUGGCAGAUUAUGUGCAUUCAUUACCAAGGUGAAGAAGGGGAGUUUAGCAGACACUGUGGGGCAUCUUAGACCAGGCGAUGAAGUACUUGAAUGGAAUGGAAGGUCAUUACAAGGAGCUACCUUUGAGGAGGUGUAUAACAUCAUUCUUGAAUCUAAACCUGAGCCACAAGUUGAACUGCUGGUUUCGAGGCCUAUUGGGGAUAUUCCCCGGAUACCAGACAGCACACAUGGACAGCUAGAAUCAAGUUCUAGCUCCUUUGAGUCUCAGAAGAUGGAGCGCCCCUCUAUUUCUGUCACUUCUCCCAUGAGCCCUGGAAUGUUGCGAGAUGCUCCACAAUUUUUGCCUGGACAGCUUUCAAGCCAAAGCCUUAGUAGAAGAACAGCGCCUUUUGUUCCUAGGGUUCAGAUAAAACUCUGGUACGACAAAGUUGGCCACCAGCUUAUUGUUACAAUACUUGGAGCGAAAGAUCUUCCUUUCAGGGAAGAGGGAAGGCCAAGGAAUCCCUAUGUGAAAAUUUACUUUCUUCCUGACCGAAGUGACAAAAGCAAACGAAGAACAAAAACAGUGAAGAAAACACUUGAGCCCAAGUGGAACCAGACAUUCAUUUAUUCUCCAGUUCAUCGGAGAGAAUUUCGAGAACGGAUGUUAGAAAUCACACUGUGGGACCAAGCUCGAGUUCGAGAGGAAGAGAGUGAAUUUUUAGGAGAGAUUCUCAUAGAAUUGGAAACUGCCCUGUUGGACGAUGAACCUCACUGGUACAAACUCCAGACGCACGAUGUUUCAUCAAUGCCACUUCCUCAACCUUCACCAUAUAUGCCACGCAGACACCCACACGGUGAAAGCCCAACAAGGAGGUUACAAAAUACAGGUCCAUAUGCAUUAAAUUCAGGAUCUCAACGCAUCAGUGACAGUGAAGUCUCAGACUAUGACUGUGAUGAUGGGAUUGGGGUUGUUUCUUCAGAUUAUAGACACAAUGGGAGAGAUAUUCAGAGUUCUACAUUAUCAGUUCCAGAGCAAGUAAUGUCAUCAAACCAUUGUUCACAGUCAGGCUCACCACUUCGUGGGGACAAUAUGGGCAGGACCCGUUCCCGAUCCCCCAGUGUUCCUCCUUCUCAAAGUUGACUUGUGUUUUGCAGAAGCUCAGAGCUGGGUCCUCGAAGCAGUCGCUGUUCUCAGCAGUACAAUACCAUCAGCCGAAUGGACAGACACAGGAUGUUGGAUGAUCACUAUUCUCCAGAGAGGGAGAGGAAUCGUGAGGCAUCCGAUAGACAGGAAUAUCAAAGAUCCAGACCAUCAGAGCAACGGCCUGUGCUCGAGCGGAUGAACUCCCGCUCCAGAUCCUCAGAACGUGCCGAAUCAAACGUCAUGAGAUCGAUGCCAUCAUUAACAUCGGGAAGAUCUGCCCCUCCCUCACCUGCACUAACGAGGUCACAUCUUCGUAGUGGAUCAGUUCAAACAAGUCCAACCAGCACACCAAUGACAGGACGGAGGGGCCGCCAGCUACCACAGCUUCCACCAAAGGGGUCGCUGGAAAGAAAAGUUACCUGGGAAGAUCAGCAGCGAAAAAUGAAUGGUACAGUAGCUGACGACAGCACAGAACAGAGGCAGCUUUCUGAGCCAGAAGAACUGGAAUCACCCAAGAGGAGAAACUCAGAGGAAAACGAUGCAGAAGCAGAGAUCUGGGAAUCAGGUGCAAUGGAUGUAGAAGAGAGGACUCGCCAAAUGAAAAUGAAAAUGAGCAAGUACAAACAGGUAGCAGCAUCAGAUUCAAGGUUGGAACAGGAAUAUCAUUCUAAGCAUCGGCUAGGGCGGGACUCUCAAAGAGGGUCGGACAAUAUCUCCAACAAGUCAUCAGACAGCGAUGUGAGUGACGUGUCCGCUGUGUCAAGGACGAGCAGUGCUUCGCGAAUGAGCAGUACAAGUUACAUGUCUGUGCAAUCUGAGCACCCUCGGACAACCAGGAAGAUCAGGAGGUCAAAAGCAUUAGAAGAAAAAAAAGAGGGAGGGGAAGAUUGGGAGGAGGAAGAGGCUGAGUUGGAGGCAGAGCUAGAGGAAGAAGAGGGGGAAAAGGAAGAAGGGCAAGAGGAAUGUGAGCAAAAGGAAUUUGAGGAAGAGGAAUGUGAGCGAGAGGAAUGUGAGGAAGAGGAAUGUGAGCGAGAGGAAUGUGAGGAAGAGGAAUGUGAGCAAGAGGAAUGUGAGGAAGAGACAGGGACAAGGCAAAGAAAAAAAGAGGAUUUACAAAGGAGCUCCUCUGAAAAUGAUGUCAGCAAACAGAUGGGAACCUCAGGAAAAAAUAUGACGAAAAGCACCAGUGUGAUCGGGGAUAUGUACAGCAUGGAGAAAAACGAUGGCAGCCAAUCUGACACUGCUGUGGGCACUGUUGUCACCGGUAGCAAGAAGCGACGAUCCAGUAUUGGCGCCAAAAUGGUGGCUAUCGUAGGUCUCUCAAGACGUAGCCGCAGCACUUCACAGCUAAGCCAAACGGAGGCUGGAGGGAAAAAGCUCCGAAGUACCAUCCAACGCAGUACAGAAACUGGAUUGGCAGUUGAAAUGAGAAAUCGGAUGACUCGGCAACCAAGUCGUGAGUCUACAGAUGGGAGCAUGAACAGUUACAGUUCAGAGGGAAACCUUAUCUUUCCUGGUGUUCGCUUGGCAUCAGACAGCCAAUUCAGCGAUUUUCUGGAUGGCCUUGGCCCAGCCCAGAUGGUUGGUCGUCAGACAUUAGCGACACCAUCCAUGGGUGAUAUCCAAAUUGGCAUGAUGGACAAGAAAGGACAAUUAGAAGUAGAGGUCAUCCGAGCCCGAGGCCUGGUAGGAAAACCUGGCUCCAAAGCUUUACCUGCACCAUAUGUUAAAGUUUAUCUAUUGGAAAAUGGCAUCUGCAUAGCCAAAAAGAAAACAAAAGUGGCACGAAAAACACUGGAUCCUUUGUACCAGCAGCAGUUGCCAUUUGAAGAUAGCCCCCAGGGAAAGGUUCUUCAGAUAAUUGUUUGGGGAGAUUAUGGACGAAUGGACCACAAGUCCUUCAUGGGAGUUGCACAGAUCCUAUUAGAGGAGCUUGACCUGUCCAACAUGGUAAUUGGCUGGUACAAACUCUUUCCCACUUCCUCACUGGUUGAUCCAACUUUGGCCCCACUGACAAGAAGAGCUUCCCAAUCAUCACUUGAGAGUUCAUCUGGACCUUCUUAUGCUCGUUCAUAGCAGUUGUGAAAGUGUUGCGAUAGCAACCAGUGUUCAGCUCGCAGAUCGUAAGCCCUGGUUACACUGCAUGCUUGAUGUUGUGUCUUCUGAGCCUGUUCCUAGGGAUUAAAAGCAGUCCUGUGUUCUCAGAGGAGAUUGCACACAUUGUGCCCUGAGAAGGUCCUUAGGGAAGGAGUGCAGUUUUGCAGAACUUAUAUGGUUGCUGGAAUUAAAUGACAAUUUUUUUUUUGUCCAAUCAGAAGCCAUGAAUAUAAAAACAAAUAAAUAAGAACCUAUCAAUUCACACAGCAGAAGCCCUUAUUUUUCAAUGAACCAUUUUUUUUUGGUUGUUCUUA